AUGGGCGCGGACAGGCGCGCCAACGGGCGCAAGCACUACAUCUCCGAGCUUACCGUCGACAUCCCGGGGUCGAAGCGACGCGCUGAGAUCGAGCCCCCUCCCAGCCGCUGGCGCACGCUCGAGUUCAAGUUCUACACCCUCGCAUUCAUCGUCGUCGUACCCCUCCUAGUAUGGUCGCCAAUCAACCUCAGCUCGCCCCACAACCCCAACUAUCCCUACUACUCGUACAGACUCUCUCUGGGAUGGUGGUUCUUGCCAGAAGUGGACGACAGCGACCCGCAGUAUCGCACCUUCCGCUCCGGAUUUCCCUCACUCCUCGCGCUCGCCGCAGCGUUCCUCCUCCCCUCACACCUCAUCCGCAAGGCCGGAUUCACGAGCGCGUCGGCGCGCGCGAACUUUAUCGUCAUCUUUGCGCUGAUCAUGCUAGUGGCGCUGCAUGGUGUGAGUGCGUUCAAGGUCCUGGCCAUCCUCGGUGCCAACUUUUAUGCUGCGCGGGCUCGAAAGCCCGCAGCCAUCGAGCGCGCAUGGCCACUUGUUGUCAUCGUCGGUAACAUGCUUAUCCUCUUCGCCAACGAGAAAUUCGACGGGUACCAUUUCGGGGCCUUGCACUCGGGGCUGAAAUCACUCGACGACCUCAAAGGCGCGUACCCUCGCUGGCACAUUACGUUCAACAUCACAAUGCUGCGCAUCGUGUCCUUCGCCCUCGACUACCACUGGCGCACGCAACCGCAGUCGACUCCUCCCACGGACCAGCGGGGGCGCGCAGCUCAAGCUCAUCCCGAGGCCGAGUACAACCCGGUCAACUAUCUCGCCUACACGCUGUAUCCGCCGCUGUACAUUGCAGGCCCGAUAAUGUCAUUCAACGACUUUGUGUGGCAGCUCCAGCGCCCGCUGGACAUCUCGACAUCCGACCGUCUCAAGUACCUCCUCCGAUUUGCAUUCUGCAUGAUCACGAUGGAGACGAUCAUACACACGAUGUACGUCGUCGCAAUCAAGGACGCACGCGCAUGGGUCGGCAUGACGCCUGCCCAGCUCAGCAUGAUCGGCUUCUGGAACCUCGUGAUCGUCUGGCUCAAGCUGCUCAUCCCAUGGCGCUACUUCCGCCUGUGGGCGCUGUUCGACGGCGUCGACGCACCGGAGAACAUGGUCCGCUGCGUCGCCAACAACUACUCGGUCCUCGGCUUCUGGCGCUCCUGGCACAGGAGUUACAACCUGUGGAUUGUGAGGUACAUCUACAUUCCUGCCGGUGGCGCCAAGCGCGUCGUGUUGUCGACGUUCCUCGUGUUCACGUUCGUCGCGCUGUGGCAUGACCUCAGCUUCCGCCUGCUGGCGUGGGGCUGGCUCGUCACGCUCUUCAUCAUCCCAGAAAUCACCGCCCGCGCCCUGGUUCCGGAAAAGAAGUACGGCGACAGGUGGUGGUACCGGCACGUCGCGGCGAUGGGUGGUGUGGUCAACAUCCUGCUGUUAAUGGGAGCCAACCUUGUCGGCUUCGUGCUGGGUCUUGACGGCAUGCAGCACCUCAUCCACCAACUCGUCACGACGCCGCAAGGGUGGGCUUUCAUGGCAUUCGCAACAUCCUGCCUCUUCAUCGGAGUGCAGAUCAUGUUCGAAUACCGUAACGACGAGGCACGGCGGGGCAUCGACAGGAGGUGUUAG